GUGUGUGUGUGUGUGUAUAUGUACGUAUAUAUUUAUAUAUGCAUUUAUGCCAGAGGAUCUGAACACGGAUGCGUGUGAGUAAGCAAAGAAGCAAGGGAGUGCAUGAACGAGCAAUCCACGGCUUCGAAUCACUUGCGCAACAAGCUUGUGCUCAUAUAUCCACUCGGUAAGAGCGGAUGAACUUUUCCGUAUUGGGAAUGCUUAUGAAAUAAUCUACGUGGAGGAUCGGCCGCUUAAAAGUUCACUCUCGCGUCUUUCACCAGGUUGUAGGACUCGAAAGAAAAAGAGAAAGGAGAAUAUAACAGCAAUUACAUUACUACUUUUCAUUCCCACCGAGAGGGAAUGCCUAUUUUUAUCAUCGUCAUUCGUCGUCAUCAUCAUCGUCAUCAUUAUUAUUACAAACAAUUACACACGUUCGAAUUCGCGUUGGACACGAAACUGUUGAGAUCGUGCGCGGGAUUUUAGAAUCCACUCUCAGUAUAGACGAAUAACUCACAGUCGGAAUCGGAAUGGGUUGCGGAAUAGGUUAUGUGCGUCGUGCCUAAGCUAAGCCAAUCAAGUUGCGCAAAAGAUAUCGUACAAGUGGAUAAGAAGAGGAAGACGGUACCGACAGCUACUAUCGGGACGAAGAAGAUCGCCAGAAGAAAUUCUCUGGCGUAACGUUCGACCUCCCGUUCUCUGCUCUCCCUACCGUUCCAGACCAUUUUUCCCCCUUUGAUACUCUGGAUAUACCGGAGGACUUCAUCGCGAUGCGCUCAUGUGCUGUCGCCGUGUCUGCUUCGCUGUUGCGUCCGCGAGGCCAACUAGAAAAGAAAGGAGAGACUGCGGGCCAUAGGAUGAGAAAGCUGCUCGCAUCCCGAGACGAAGAAGACUCGGUCAAUACGAUUCGUAUACGCAUGGAGGAGAGCCGGCGAGAGAACAAGGCGAGGGGCGAAAAGGCAAAGAGGAACCUCGAAAAGAAUCUGAACAGGUCGUGGGAGGAGUCGUGGGAAAAUCGUUGCCAG